UGUUUGGCUAGCGGUGUGUGCAGUGCUGCAGCGUGUAGUUUAGUGUCUGCAUGUGGUGGAUGUGAAAGAGGAAACGCUUGUCAAAACAGGGGCAGAUUUAGCUAACAGUCGGGCUCUUCAAGUGACACCUGAGGUGGCGUAGCUAACGUUACUUAGCCAGCUUUAAAGUGACUCGAGCUAGCUAAACCCAGAUUUAAAAGAGUAAUGUUAAAACGCGAACCUAACCUUAAAUACUGUAUUUAACAAUUUCCGAAACAGUUGGCGACUGAGCAAAAUGUUAAUACACAAAUUAAAAGGCUUUAGUUUUAUAUUGUGUCAAAACGUCAUCGACAGCAUUCGACAGGAGGUGGGGUUGUAAAAGUGUUGCUUUCACAUCCUCCCCGAAAAAUCUGGUAAACGUCUAAAUAACGUAUAUUAAUCCUACUGGAAUCAAAUCACAAUGCGGAAGUAGUGUUUCACUACCAUUCGGGCCCCGGCGUGACAUUCACCGGGUUACCAGAGUCGGGGUUGUGUAAAAGGAGGAAUACGACCACCCUGUGCCCGACCAAGCAGUCGUCAAAAUGAGAGUACUAAAAGCGUGCCUGUCUUUGACAAAAACGCACCUUUUGGCACCAGGAAGCGUCACUCUUAAAAAGGUGCUCAUCAACAACUGUCGGACAUGUUCCUCUGGCGUCUUUCCCAACGAGAGGAUCCGCAAUAUCGGGAUUUCAGCCCACAUCGACUCGGGGAAGACCACCCUGACCGAGCGUGUCCUCUAUUACACCGGCAGGAUAGCAGAGAUUCACGAGGUGAAGGGGAAGGACGGUGUUGGAGCCACUAUGGACUCCAUGGAGCUGGAGAGACAGAGGGGCAUCACCAUCCAGUCAGCUGCUACAUACACCAUGUGGAAGAAUCACAACAUCAACAUCAUUGACACACCAGGUCAUGUGGACUUCACCAUCGAAGUGGAGCGAGCGCUGCGCGUGUUGGACGGGGCCGUGCUGGUUCUGUGUGCGGUGGGAGGGGUCCAGUGUCAGACCAUGACGGUGAACAGGCAGAUGAAACGCUACAACGUCCCCUUCCUAACCUUCAUCAACAAGCUGGACCGCAUGGGCGCCAACCCCAACAGAGCCCUGCAGCAGAUGAGAACCAAACUGAACCACAACACAGCCUUUGUGAGCAUCCCCAUCGGCCUGGAGGCAGACAUGCGUGGCAUCAUUGACCUUGUAGAGGAGCGGAGCAUGUAUUUCGAAGGACCUUUUGGUCAAACUGUCCGCUAUGAUGAGAUCCCGGCAGAGUUUCGUGCUGAGGCUGCAGACCGGAGGCAGGAGCUGGUGGAGUGUGUGGCUAAUGCUGAUGAAAUCUUGGGAGAGAUGUUCUUGGAAGAAAAGAUGCCAACCAAUGACGACCUGAAGGCUGCGAUCCGCAGGGCCACAGUGCAGCGUAACUUCAGUCCAGUGCUGGUAGGCACAGCAUUGAAGAACAAGGGCGUCCAGCCUCUACUGGAUGCUGUCCUGGAUUACCUGCCGAACCCCACUGAAGUCAACAACUACGCUAUCCUCAAUGACGAAGAUGCAAAUCAAACGUCAAAGAUUCAGAUGGACCCUGCAAGAGACUCUGCACAGCCCUAUGUUGGUCUGGCCUUCAAACUGGAGGCAGGGAGGUUUGGCCAGCUGACGUAUGUGCGGGUGUACCAGGGCUGCCUUAAGAAGGGGGAAUACAUCUAUAACACACGCACGAGCAAGAAAGUCCGAGUUCAGAGGCUCGUGCGUCUCCACGCUGACCAGAUGGAGGAUGUGGACGAGGUCUAUGCAGGAGACAUUUGUGCCCUGUUUGGGAUCGACUGCGCUAGUGGAGACACUUUUACAUCCAGGACCAGCACGAACCUCUCCAUGGAGUCUAUUCACGUCCCAGAGCCUGUUAUUUCCAUGUCAAUUAAGCCGACCAACAAGAAUGACAUGGACAAAUUUUCCAAAGGUAUCAACCGUUUCACCAGGGAAGACCCGACGUUCAGAGUGCAUUUCGACGUCGAGAACAAAGAAACCAUCAUCUCAGGAAUGGGCGAGCUGCAUCUUGAAAUCUACUCGCAGAGGAUGGAGAGGGAAUACAACUGUCCCUGUGUGAUGGGAAAGCCCAAAGUGUCUUUCAGAGAGACAGUCACCAGUCCUGUAUCGUUUGACUUCACUCAUAAGAAGCAGAGCGGCGGAUCUGGCCAGUACGGUAAAGUUAUAGGAGUCCUGGAGCCUCUUGAGCCAGAGCAUUACACCAAGUUGGAGUUUGAAGACCAGACUAUUGGAACCAACAUCCCGAAGCAGUUUGUACCAGCUGUUGAAAAGGGUUACAGGGAGGCCUGUGAGAAGGGACCUCUGACUGGGCACAAGAUCUCAGGAGUCAGAUUCCUCCUGGAAGACGGGGCGCAUCACAUGGUGGACUCCAAUGAGAUGUCCUUCAUCCGUGCAGGAGAGGGCGCUCUAAAACAAGCUAUGGAAAAGGCCAACGUCGUCAUCCUGGAGCCAAUCAUGUCUGUGGAAGUUGUAGCGCCUCAGGAGUUUCAGGGAGCAGUGAUUGCUGGUGUAAACCGUCGGCACGGCGUUAUCACAGGACAGGACGGAGCUGAGGGAUACUUCACUCUGUACGCUGAUGUUCCACUAAACGACAUGUUCGGCUACGCCACAGAACUGCGCUCCUGCACUGAAGGAAAAGGGGAGUACACCAUGGACUACAGCAGAUACCAGCCCUGCCUGCCAAGCGUGCAAGAAGAGCUCGUCCACAAAUACUUGGAGGCCACAGGGCAGCUGCCUGCAAAGAGGAACAAGUGGAAGAGCUGAAAAGCGUCCCAUCUACCCAGCUGUAUACUAUUGGACUAAUUUCCCUCAUUUUUCUGCCCGUCAUCCACCGUGACUCAACAAUAAGGCUUUAAUGUGUGGAGCCAUACAAAUUUUUGACAUUUUACUUUUGUUUUCUAGUUCAAGCUAUUUUUCCUCCCUAUUAUUUGACCCCUGUAGGAAAUAUAUUUAUUACCUUGAUUUUAGCAUCAGAUGGUGGUUGCUAAUGAAAGCUGAGUGUUUUGACUUGAGCUUCUAAUGGUUUUUGUACUAUGUACAGAACAGUCCUGAUGUAAUAACGAUUGCAACAAAGAUAUACUGUAUAUCUAUCUUUUAAAGUGCAAGCUUUUUCUGUGCAAAUCAUUUAUGCUUCAUCUUACAAACACUUGAUUCAUGGACCUACGUUUAUCUUGAGCAGUUGAUGCAGCUAUUUCACACGAGCAGUGCUAGAAAAACAAAUGAACACCUGUGAAAAGAAAAACACCAACAACAUACCUUUACCCAGCAGAGCCAUUGCAUCUAGCUCCUUUCUCACCUGUCCAAAGAGCUCUGUUUCCUCCACUGUCUCUGGGACGCUGUUGGGAUGAGCCAACAUGUCCACUGAGUCAGCCUCGGAUCUGAUCGUCACAUUCGGGCUCCCAGUUAUCCCAGUUAACACAGCCAGAACAACGAUAAUCCUCGCGCACAUUGUAGAAUGCCGUGAAAGACAGACAAGACUUCUGUGAAAGAGUGCAGGCAGGCAAGUGAGCCUCCUGCCAGUGUGGACUUUUGUAACAGAGGAGGGAGGGGGAGGAAGCAGGGAGAAGAGACUGUCCAGAUCCUGCUGUCUUCCUGUUUAUUUUUUUGUCCUCUUAACUAAACAAACUGUUUCACUGUAUCUGGCUCUGUUCUUCGUGUGCUCUCACUUAAGCUGUCAGCCCCUGAAUGUUUCAGCAGCCUCACAGGACGAACUGAUUAGUUUAGGAACAGUUAUCCCAUUAGAGCUGCUGCUCGUGAAGCAGCUGUGAUUAAUAGGUGAGCUUGACGCGUUGCAGCCUCGCCUGCUAGAUGAAAUGUAGCAGAGCGGGAGCAAAUUAUCCAUGUCCUGGCAGUUUUGGGUGCUUAAAAUCCAAGACCUCCUUAUUGGAUCUACUUAAGGAGAGUUAUGUAACAUCUGGAGGGCAGCUAGAAGAGAAGGCUCAUCACAAGCAAACAUCCAAGAAAACAUUCAGACAGGAAAUACUCCCACUUUCUCAGUAUCUGUUUUGUAAAAUCAUUUCUGUCACAGUUCUGAGAUCCUGGACCACAGACUGACAUAAUGAUGAGAUUCAUUCUGCUCUGCUGUAAAAGCUUGAAUCAGACUUUGUGUACGAAACAUUUUGUUUGAUAAAAGACGAGAACUAUGAGUGGAGAGGUAGACUUUUCCUGAAGGUUUAAAGUUUAUUCUUGGAACCUUGAAACUGUAGCUGAGAAAAAUAUUCUCAUCUUAAGGUUUAUUCAUAGCUUUGUCAACAAAUUUUGCUCAUUUAGCUUAAGGACAUCUUGAUAAGUGAUGAAAGAGGAAGCAGAAACGGGGAAGAUUCUUGAAACAGCUGAUGAUGAAAUAAAUGACUUUGUUUUAUUUUGAAAGCGUGUGGGAGACACCUUCAGGUUAUUACGAGGCAGUGUCAGCAUCUGAUGUUGGAACAUAAACCCUUGAACUCACAGUCAAAUUUACUGACUCCGGUAAGACAGAU